AUGGAGAAAAAUACUAGCUUGAUUUUGAAGAAUAUAGCACUAGCUCAACCCCAACAGGCAAUAUGUGAAAUCAUACAGGCUAAAGAUGGGCCGUGCGGGGCUAUCACCCCUAAUUUUGAGAUUGGAGUUGAUAGGAACAUGACCUGUGUUCUCGGUCGUAUUCUUCCUCCCCCUGAUUUGAAGCUAGGCAGUCAAAGUCGACAUCAUGUGAAUGAUAAAUGCCAGUCGAGCCUUGUUGGGAAAUCUGUGGUGGAAGGCAAGGAAAUUCAACGAUGGGCUUUGAUAGAUUUUAGCUCUAAGAAUCACAGGGACUUGAAGCGACAAGUUGAUGUAUUUGUUGACAAAUUGAAAGAUCGGUACUUAAGGUUGGGUAUUAAUAUGGAAGAACCUGUCGUAAAACAUUUCAGACACAUGGAUGAACUCUGGGCAGUUGGUAAGGUUGAAAAACUCCUCAAUGAUGUAGUUAAUGAAGCUGGCCAGAAAAACAAGGGUGAACUUCAAAUGAUAGUUUGUGUUAUGGCAUCAAAGGAUAAUGGAUACAAAUAUCUUAAAUGGGUCUCAGAGACCAAAAUUGGCAUUGUAACCCAGUGUUGCUUGUCUUCUAAUGCCUACAACAAUGCAAAGGAUCAAUUUCUUGCAAACCUCUGUUUGAAGAUUAACGCAAAACUUGGAGGCAGCAAUAUGGAACUUAUGGAAAGACUCCCUAAUUUCGGAAGUGAAGACAAUGUCAUGUUCAUUGGAGCUGAUGUUAAUCAUCCUACUGGCAGGGAUCCCGACAAAUAUCCAUCCAUAGCAGCUGUUGUUGCCACCAUCAACUGGCCAGCUGCUAAUAAAUAUGCCGCUAGAGUUCGUCCUCAGAAACACAGGACUGAGAAGAUUCUAGAGUUUGGAAGCAUGUGUGCAGAUCUAGUAAAUACUUAUGCUCGACUCAACUCGGUUAAACCAAACAAAAUUGUUGUUUUCCGUGAUGGUGUGAGUGAGGGUCAGUUUGAUAUGGUACUCAACGAAGAGUUGGAUGAUUUGGUAGAAGCUAUAUACGACAGUAAUAAGUAUAAACCAGAAAUCACUCUUGUUGUGGCUCAGAAGAGACACCAUACACGACUAUUUCCUAAGGAGGGAAAUGUCCCUCCGGGUACUGUUGUGGAUACACAAAUUGUUCAUCCUUUUGAUUUUGACUUCUAUCUUUGCAGCCACUUUGGACAGUUGGGUACUAGCAAGGCAACUCACUAUUAUGUUCUAUGGGAUGAUAAUGGUUUCAAUUCUGACAGCUUACAAAAGCUUAUAUACAACUUGUGCUUCACUUUUGCGCGGUGCACUAAACCUGUCUCACUUGUUCCACCAGUUUAUUAUGCAGACCUUGUUGCUUACAGGGGACGGAUGUUCCAAGAGGUGCUUAUGGAGAUGAACGCUCCUAGCUCUACAACUUCAUCUGUUUCAUUUGAACAAAGUUUUUAUAAAUUGCACAAGGAUUUACAGAACAUAAUGUUUUUCGUCUGA